GCAGCGUGCAGCUCGGCGCAAAUCUCUCCACAUGCAUGUGUACAUUAUCACGAUCAGAUGACAGUAACACGUGUUGUCAUAUUGCGCUGGCUCCAGUCCAAAAUUAAUCCAGGAUUACACUUUAACACAGAGAGAACUCAAUGACUAAUAAGCGCAGUUGACCGAGGCUGUCUGAACUGGCGAAGACUUCUGAUAACAAAUUACAUCAAAAAGAAAAUCAAAUUCUAAAACUAAAAUGAGGUCUAAAGGAGUGUUGUUGCUUGUGUUACUGGGCGCGUUGACAGCUUAUUAUGUUUAUUCACCUAUUCCGAAUAACAUAGAGGAGAGAUGGAAACUAAUGCUGACCGACUCUUUCUUCAGAAGUUUAAGUCACUUGGCAGAACUGAGUGAGCAGGUGGGACUUUUGGACUACAUGAGAGUUAUGAUGUUCAUCACCUUUGCAGAGCAGGUGGUACCUGUAUCAGAUGAGAGGGUGCAUGUGGCUGAUGAGAAUUUUGAUGGAGUAGAGGUGGUUGUGUAUCAGCCGACCCAGCAAGGAGAAACUGGAGAGCUAAGAAGAGCCAUCAUUUACCUGCAUGGAGGAGGAUGGUGUCUGGGAAGCUCUCGUAUGGGCCCCUAUGAUCUCUUAGCCAGGCACAUGGUCACAGAACUCAAUGCAGUUAUUGUAUCUGUAGAGUACCGACUUGCCCCACCUUAUCACUUUCCUGUCCCAUUUGAGGAUGUGUACCAUGUGGUUAAGUACUUUCUUCAUGCUGAUGUUCUGAAGCACUACCAUAUCAAUCCAGAAAGGAUAGCAGUGUCUGGAGACAGUGCAGGAGGCAAUCUUGCAGCUGCAGUGGCUCAGCAGUUGCAGAAGGAUCCAGACCAGCAUGUCCAGUUGAAGGCCCAGGCUUUGAUCUACCCUGUCCUGCAAGCCCUGGAUCUUAACACCCCAUCCUACCAGCAAAACCAGCACAUGCCAAUACUGCCCCGCACACUUAUGGUGCGGUUUUGGAGCGAGUAUUUCACCAGCGAUAAGUCAUUUUUCAGAGCCAUGAUGACCAACACACACAAUAACCCUGAAUCAGCUGCUCUUCUUAAAUUUGUCAAUUGGAGUUCACACUUACCUGAUGCUUAUCGCCAGGCAUACAAUUACAGUGCUCCACCUGUGCUCACUGGGAAAUCUCCAGUACACGCUAUUGAUCCCCAUCACCUGCUUUCAGACCCGAGAGCAUCGCCAUUGCUGGUGCCUGACACAACUUUGCGUUUACUGCCGAAGGCUUACGUGUUGACAUGCGAGUAUGAUGUACUGCGGGAUGACGGCAUGAUGUAUGUAACACGCUUGCGUAAUGCUGGAGUUGAUGUCACACAUGAACAUUAUCCCAGUGGAUUUCAUGGUGCACUCAUGUUCACUGUGUGGCCCACAGACUUUAAGAUUGGACAUAGAAUGUUAGACAACUAUGUAACAUGGCUUGAGCAAAAUUUAUAAGAGUAAUGUAGAGUGCAGCAGUGCUUUAUUCAUCAGUUUUGUUUGACUGUUUCAGAUCAUAUUUCGUUUUUCUUUAUUUAUUUCAUUUUUUCCCCCUGUUGUUUACAAUGUUUUAUCUUAUAAAGGGCACACUUUUAUUGUAUUCGUCCAUUAUGAUAUAAACAUUCCUCUUUUCUUAAGGUCAAUUUCAAAUGAAGUGUUGAUGACAUGUAUCCAUUACUUCUCAUUGUUUAAACAUGUUACUUUUCAACUGUGUUUAAUGUUUUUCUAUGGAAGUUGUUAAAAAUGUUAACACAACAAAUAUCUUAUGGUAUUAUUUUACAUUUUUCUCAAUCUUCUGCUGAAAAGACCAGUUUAGACUGGUUUAUGCUCGUUAGUUUUGGUCAACCACAUGGUCUUUCCAAUUAGGCUGGUCGACCAACGGAUUCUACCUAGUUACAAAACCUUGUAGGUAGGCCAGUCAACAUGAUCACACAGGAAAAUCGACACGCUGAUUCUGAAUGUUCAUUUAUUCUGAAAUCGGCCCCACUUUGCCAAAUGACAAGCGCCAUCUCCCAUCAGACGUUUUUACUCCAGGUUGUAGUGUCCCGUGGAAACCAGAAUGUAAUCACGUUCACAUAAACAAUGGAGAGCACGAUUCGGUGGUUACAUUUUCGCUCUAAAAUUACAUUUUUACACCACUGACAGUUAGGUUUAGGGUUGGGGUUUAGGAUAGGAAGUAGGGUUAAUAAAAUAUGCAUUCCUUUUGACUGUAUUAUAUAAUUUACAACUGAAACUACAACUCGCUUUUGGUGCCACCCUGUGGACAUUUCACCAAGAAACUGGUCAUCAACACUUCUAGCUUUGACCAAUGGGAGCAGUGGUUGGAAUUGUGGUACGCAUAGAACGAUUUCAGCUGAAAAACCAAAAACCACCAAAUUCACAGUGUGAUUAGUCUGGACCAACAUACCAGCAUCUCAUGCUGGGUACCAGCAUCCAAAAAACAAAACAACAAAUGCUGAUGACCAUAUGCUGGUCUUUUCAAGAGGGUCUAAUGUAGUUAUGGUUUGACUUUAUUGAAAGAUUUGGUUUUAUAUCCACCAUCAGAUGAUGUUUCAAAUAAUUUGCUUCUGAACAUCAUGAGACCACUGCUUGAAGCUGCAUCUCUUUUAUGCUCUCACUAAAUGAAUGAAAGUGCCUCGUUGAGAGUGACAGAUGGAAAAAAAAAGAUAUGGUGCAAACUAGGUUGAAAGACAUCCAUCCAUCAUUGUUUGUGUUUGAUACACAGGCUCUACUAGAAUAUAUACCCAGGAAUGUGCAGGUAUAAAAGUCAUCAAAAUGAAUUGUGUACAUUGUCAUAAUAACUUUGUUUUUGCAAAAACAAUUUGCUUUUGCUUUGAUUUAACUCUAAAGGUGCACCCAUAAUUUCUUUAUUCCUAAAAAGUUUUACCUCUAAAGAAAUGAAUAAUACUUAUGAAAAAUAUGUUUAAAAUAAUGUACAUUAGAUGACGACUCUAGUCAUAUCAGUAUUCUAAUAAAAAGCUCAUUUAUUUUACAUGGAUCUAAUCUGCAUCAUGGGGGCCACAAUACUGAGAUCAAAUGAUUGGCUGAAUAAUACUAAUUUUACCUCGAUAACCCCCCUGUUAUUGGUCACUUUUUCUCAUGAAUAAAUUAAAUCAUGGCUGACUGUGAAUAGCACAUUUCUACAAUGACAGUAGCUGUAGAACUCUUGCAUAAUGCUGCAUUCACACCAUUAGGGGGCAAAUUCACUAAACAGUUGCAGCACUUUUAGAUUGUGGAUGGUUAUUCGCUAUAUAGCGCUCAGAACCGGCUUGCACGAUUGGAUUUGUGAGUGCAAAUUGUGUUCAGCACAGAUAUUGUGGCUGCAUUUGCACCAUUGCCUGAUCUGCAUAAUUGCUUUAGUGAAUCGGGCACUUAACCAGAAUGGCGCAUGCAAAUAACCACAGUUUUUACUGGCCAAAAUUCACGUGUCCCACUAAAUGUCAGUAUAAGUCCAAAAUUACUGCCAUAUUGGCCAGCGCAACAAAAACUAAAUUACUGUGUACAUUAAAAUGUAGUUAAUUUUCUGUUUUCAAAUUUAGGAUUGGGGACCAAAGUGAAAGCAAAAGAUAAAUGAUCUUUUAUCAUGGUAUAUUGACAUGCAAGUGUGAGGCACUGAUAUAAAUAAACUAAUAGCAGGUUGCAUCAUUAUUAUAUGAGAUACUGUAUACCAUACACCACACUAACUCAGAAGAAGAAGAAAAAAACAUUAUAAAAUGGUAAAUGCCCCGAGUAGCAGUCAGGGGUUUGACCUUAAGCCCCAUAUGACAAUAUGACAUUAUUCCAAAUUCCUCUGGUUCUUUGCUGCGAUAAUGAAUAUGGUGUGACUGAGAUUAACAGAUUUCACUAAAAUGGCCAUGUAUUGUGUGUUUUCUCAGGACUGAGAUGAAUCAGACAAUUGUGAUUAAAUUGAUGGCCUCACCUCAGCAUGAAAAUGCUUUAUAUAUUGGUUUCAAUUGUUAGACUUGAUGUUACUUGCGCAUUCACAAACCAGAGCUUUUCUACACAUCAGUAUACAACGUUUUCACUGGGCACAUAAAGUAGAUCAGAGAAUGUGACUUAUUCUGGUCACAUGACCACCUUUUUCAGCCAAAAGUGACAGGCUACAGAUAUAAAGGAAUACAUACAUGAAACCAUUCGGCAUCAUUACAUCAAUGAUGACAUUGAAUGGGGAGCAUCAGGAGAAAAACAUGAUAGUAGAUGAAAAGCAAUAAUUGAAUUAAUGAGAAAAUGACAUGUAUCUCACUCAGGUAUGUCCCAAAUAAAAAAGUUGCUUGGCAUCACACUUGCAUGUAAGAGAUUCCAUUGACUGUGUUUUGAUAGACUAUGUACUAUUCAAACUAUUCAUAGCAUUGUUCGUGCAGCCUGACAAUAAAUGUUCAAAGAAUAAUGAAUACGAAAUGCAAUGCUAUGCCUUGAAUGUGUUUGCAUGCCUUAAAUGCUCAUGUUUACAACUGACACCUUGUCUAGAGCAAAUCUUGUCCUGCAGACAAGAUCAUGGGUUCCCAUGUUGGUCUAGGCUGGUUCAUGCUUGUUCUUGCUGCUCUAAAAGUACCAUGAGGAGGCCAGGACAGAUGACAAUGGAAGCUUACAGAGGAGGUUUGAAUCUGGAAAUACAGAAGUGUCUUAUGCGGAAGUCUUUUUGUCGAAACACCUAACAUACGCAAAAAUUCUCCUCCCCCUUCACAUUUUUUUUAAUACAUUUUUAACUUUUGCUGUUUAAAUAUACCAUAAUUGUUACAUAUUUUGAAAGUGUAUCUUGAAAUAUAAGCAUUUAUUGCAUGGCUUUCUGGAAUACUCUAUUCUGAUUGGUCAGUGGCACCAUCCAUCUGUCUGAUAUGACUGAGUAACAGCAGCACAUCCGGGGGAUUAAGUGAUAUCAGACUAGUCAUCCGGGUAUUGCGAGUCAUCUUUCCUACUUUUCGUAUCACUCUGCAAUCUCUACAAGUAAACUGUUAGAAUAAUUUGAACAUAUAUCAAUAUUUCAUGUUCAAGUAUUUAUUUAUUUGGUUAGUAGCCGUGUAAUAACCAGAAUAAUGUACAGUCAUCCAUUGUAAUUGCAAAAUAAACCCUGACAGGGUGACCAUGACCCUGACGUAAUGGGGUUUAUUUUGUGAUAACAACCAGCUAACUGUACAUUAUACCUUAAUUAUUAUGCAUAUAUUAAUAAAUCAAGUUUCAGCAACAUAACAGCGAGCACACUGAGGUAAUGCAGCUACACAAAGACAACACUCUGAAGUGAAGCUUGAGUGAUCAAGGACAUUCCAUCUGACAAACAUAUCUUGCUUUGAUUCCUCUGUCCUCAUUUCCUUUUCAUCCAUCCUUUCCUUGUUUUCUAAAAGGGAGGAGCUGGGAAAUAAAGAAAGGAAACGAGGAUUUAAAACUUUAGAAAUGAGAAGCACCCUAGGUUCACUUUUCUUGAGCUUACCUAGGGUCUGUGCUCACCGAAAUUGAAUCAAUGCCCACAGUGGCCGGAGCGGGAAGUGUUUUUGAAGUUUAGGGCAUGUGGUGCCAAAUGUGAGUUGUUUUAGUUUGUAAAUGAUGUUAUACAGCGAAGAGGAAUGCAUAUUUUAUUAAGUCUCCUCCCAAACUCUAAACCUAACUGUCAGUGGAGUAAAAAUGUAAUCUUAUAAUGUAAUAUCCGUAUCGCACUAUUCAUUAAUUAUGCAAACACAAUUACUUCCUGGUUUCAACACAGGUUGGGAACAGGUUCUCCCAGGCUGCUGACACAAUGCACUGUUGGUCGCUUCACUGGAGAAGGUAAACACACUUGAACUGAUGCAAAAAAUUUUGAUGGGAGAUGGUGCUUUUCAGUAACUCGGCAUAAUGUGGCCGAUGUCAGCAUACUUAAACUUUCAGAAGCAACAUGAUGACUUCCUGUGUGACCAUGUUGGUUGGAACACCAGCACAACAGCAUCCCAUGUUGUGGACCAGCAUUCAAAACACAACAUAUGCUAGUGAUCAGCUAUGCAAAAGCUAGCUGGGGAGAUUCAAGCAUAUGUGAACAUCUUCCCACAUGUUAUUGAUUCAGAUGGACACUUAUGCCACACUUACAAAUGUAGGAAUUUUAUUGCAUAGUAAGUAAAUAUUAAACAAAGUGGCAUCUUCAAACUAAUUUUUCAGAACUAAAUUCACUUUCUAUAUAAUUUUUGCCAUGACUUUUAAUCAACGAGUGUCAAAAUUAUGUUUUAUAAAUUAAAACCCAAUAAUCUUCUUUUUGUGAAA